GGCAAGAAUUAGUUCGAGAGAGUCAUUAUACAAAGCAACUGCUUGUGUUGUGAGAAAUGGAAGUGAAAGCUGAGAUUGUAUCUAAGGAGACAAUAAAGCCAUCUUCUCCAACAUCCAAUAAGCUUUUCAAACUCUCUCUCCUCGAUCAAUUGGCUCCUCCAUUUUACGUUCCUAUUCUCCUCUUUUACUCUGCUUCCGAUGCCACACACAACAAACCAAUAUCUCAUUAAUUGAAGGCUUCUUUAUCACAAGUCCUCACUCUCUAUUAUCCCUUUUGCGGAACCUUCAGAGUCAACUCAACCGUUGAGUGCAACGAUGAGGGCGUUGUUUUCACCGACUGUAGAGUCCUCAUGGAACUCUCAAGCCUUCUUAAAAACCCUGACCUUCACCAUAUCAACCACCUUUUCCCAUGCGAUCCCUACAACUCUGCAAGGGAAACUCUCACUGGGAACAUGGCAGUUCAUUUCAACCACUUCACUUGUGGAGGUUUUGCGCUUGGCGUCUGCUUCUCACACAAGAUCGCUGAUGCUUCCACAGCUGCAUCCUUCCUCACUGCUUGGGCUGCAACAUCAAGAGGCAACAAACCGAUACUACCACAAACGGAAGAAGGCGCACAGGUUUUUCCGCCGAGGAAGAUAGAAAUGGACAUGAUUCGUGGCAUGAUGGGCCAAAAAAGCAUUGUCACAAAGAGGUUUGUGUUCAACAGGACGAACAUAUCUAGACUGAAGCAGAAGCUGGGGAGCUUCGAUUUCACUCCCACUAGUGUUGAAGCCGUGACANAACAGGUGAAAAAGUCUCAAACAUUUCUUUUCUACCUUCCCCCUUCUUUCACCAUGUCUACCUAUUUUGAUUAUGUGAAUACUGCUUCUUCUGCUUGUGCCUAUAAUUAUGAUUCUCCUUCUGCAUCUAACUUUGAGUACAAUCCUCAUGUAUAUUCUGCUGAUUUCUAUGUUGAGAACAAUAUGACUCAUCCUCUAACUCCUGAGAGUGCUCCUUGGGAGCCGGUUCCACUUGAUAAGGAGGAUAUUCGUUGCGUUUUCAACACUGGAUUGAUACAGUUGCUGCCCCAGUUUCAUGGUUUUGCAGGUGAAUGCCCACAUAAACAUUUAGAGAAGUUCUAUCUCAUUUGCUCUACAAUGAAACCUCCAGAUGUCCCGGAUGAUCACAUUUUCAUAAGAGCAUUUUCACACCCAUUACAAGGAGCAGCGAAAGAUUGGGAAUAUUGUCUUCCUCCAGGAUCCGUUACCAGUUGGGAAGAUCUUGAGCAUCAGUUUUUGAGCGAAUUCUCCCCUGUGCAAUAUGGUUACAACAACGAUCCUGGGUGGAAUGAUCCUAGCUUGGGAUGGUAUGAUGCUCCACAACAAUAUCAGAAAGCACCAUCUCAAAAUGCUUGUAUGACUCCACCAGUCCAGCAAUACCAGAGUCAGCAACAUGAUGCUCCUGCCCGAAUAUCUCCUCAGCCUUCUACUUCUGAACCUACAUUGGAGGAGUUACUGAAGUAG